UCUCUCUGAAACCUUCACUUACCCUAACUCCUUUCUUUCUCUACUCUCCAUUCGUCACAGUCUCUGCCAUGGCCACCAACGAACCCACCGCGAACGGCGUCACAAAGGCGCCGAAAUCCGAUUCCCAGCCUAUCCCUUCCGACGCCACCGCCGCCGCCUCUACGGCGAACGAAAAAGCGCCGGUGACGGAGCCAGGCCACGCCACCGGGAAUAGGAACAUGGAAUCGGAGCCAGCUCCUCCGGGGGAAUCCGGCGAAGCUCCGGCGAGUAACGCAGGUACCACCGCGACGACUGACGCCGACAAGAAAUGGCUUGGGUGGCCCGGCGAUUGCGUGUUCAGGCUCAUCGUUCCGGUGCUGAAGGUUGGCAGCAUCAUCGGCCGGAAGGGCGAGCUCAUCAAGAAGAUGUGCGAGGAGACGCGCGCCAGAAUUCGAGUCCUCGAUGGCGCCGUUGGCACUCCUGAUCGCAUCGUGUUGAUCUCAGGAAAGGAAGAGCCGGAGGCUGCUCUUUCACCGGCGAUGGAUGCUGUUAUAAGGGUAUUCAAACGUGUCUCAGGAUUAUCGGAGAAUGAGGCUGCCGGAGUUGCAUUCUGUUCGAUUCGAUUGUUGGUUGCAUCUACGCAAGCUAUAAAUUUAAUUGGAAAGCAAGGUUCAUUGAUCAAAUCCAUACAGGAGAGCACUGGUGCAUCUGUGCGAGUAUUGACAGGAGAUGAGGUGCCAUUCUACGCAGCUGCAGAUGAGAGAAUUGUUGAGUUGCAAGGAGAAGGAUUAAAGGUUCUGAAAGCUCUAGAAGCAGUAAUUGGUCAUCUGAGGAAAUUUUUGGUUGAUCAUAGUGUUAUUCCACUUUUUGAGAAGAGUUACAAUUCGACGAUCUCACAAGAACGCCAAGUAGAUACCUGGGCAGACAAGUCAAUGCUGCAGGCUUCUACUCAAACUGGAGUUGGAACAAAUUAUCCUAUCACAGCAAAGAGGGAACCCUAUUUUCUUGAGCGUGAAACUCAGCUGGAACCGCAACUUCCAUCAUCUGGAAUUUCCAUGUAUGGACAAGAUACAUCACUUCCCGGAAUUCGUCCUACAGGAUUUGGUCGUGCUGGUGCUCCCAUUGUUACUCAGAUUGCACAAACAAUGCAAAUCCCACUUUCUUACGCAGAAGACAUUAUUGGGAUUGAAGGAUCUAACAUUGCAUACAUUCGCCGGACUAGUGGGGCCAUCUUGACUGUGCAAGAGAGCAGAGGACUUCCUGAUGAAAUCACAGUGGAAAUCAAAGGAACCUCAUCACAAGUUCAGCUGGCUCAACAACUAAUUCAGGAGGUUAUAAACAAUCACAAAGAACCAGUUCCUAGCAGCUACGGCAGGAUAGACACUGCAUUGAGAUCAAACUACUCUCAGUUGAGCAGUUCUUAUCCUCCAACAACUUCUUUACCCCCGCGAUCCUACAGUGGCGGAGGAUACGGAUCUUCCGGUCUCGGAGGCUACAGUACAUUCAGGCUUUAACUACAAUUAAAACCACGAUACUAAUGCCAAUUAAUUCUGAUUAGAGAAGAAAAUUUGGUGAUGCAAAUGUAGCAACUGUAAAUUUGCGAAGUAACUAUUCAUGAAAGUCCUGGUAAACCUCGUAAAGGAUUGAAAGGAAUGCAGAAAAAUGUAAUGUAGUGGUCAGGUAGUUUUGUGCUUCAUAAAUUUGCGAAGUAACUAUUCAUGAAAGUUGCGGAUUUUGUGUUACAACUUGGUUUGUUUGUU